AAGGUGAGAGGUGAAUUGGCCUAGCCAAAUUUUGGCAGUAGGAGAAGCACUAUAAAAUCGCGGCUGAUUUCGUCCAUCCACAUCAGUCUUCUCUGCCGAACAGUAGUAGCUGCGCACAUCUGCCUUCAACAUGAAAACAAUCAUCGCUCUCUGCGCUCUCGUGGCCGUCGCUUUCGCGGCACCUGCCCAAGAUAACAGCCAGACCGUGGUCGUGAAGGAGACUCCUCUGGACAACAUCGGCAUCGACGGCUACCAGUUCGGUUACGAGCUGUCGAACGGCGAGAGCCGCCAGGAGACCGCUCAGCUGGUGAACGCCGGUACUGAGGACGCCAGCAUCGCCGUGCGCGGUAGCUUCAGCUACGUCGACCCGGCCACCAACGUCAGGUACACCGUCAACUACGUCGCCGACGAGAACGGAUUCCGUCCCGAGGGAGAGCACCUGCCGACCGUUUGAUGCCCUGAUUUAGCGACUCCUCAGCUGUAAAUAGCGCCGCCUCUCUUGUCCGCAUUCUCGAGUCCUCCUGCGAUCGCGGCUAUAUCCUGGAAUGAACGCACAGCAGCUCCUUCGCGCGCUCUUUCUUUCUCUCUUCAUCCUAACGACGCCCUGAUCUUCCCUCUGUACAAUAGCUCUGAUCUUCUUGUACAAUAUUCUUCUCUUGUCUUGAAAUAAAUAAGAAUUUUAUUACAAGAAAACGUGAAUAUGAA